UUAUGCCUACAACUUUUUGUUCCUGGCUGCAAAAGCGGUUAUAGAAGCAACAAGAGCGAAGAGAAGAGACAUUUCUUUAAACCAGGCAAAAAAUUCUUAGAGUCCUGGGAAAUAAAAAUUCCUAGGAAAGAUAGGGAACUAAGGUAUAAUUCUAACAUCUGCGAUGUGCAUUUCGAGGAAAGGUUCAUAAUAAAAACUUUUAAACAUCAUAUAAAUGGACAGCUUGUGGAAAUAGAACGAGAGAAAUGGACCCUAACUUCUGAUGCUUAUCCAACAAUAUUUCCCAACCUCCCUAAAUAUUUGACAAGAAAACUUCCAAAAGAAAGGAAUUCACCAUCAAAAAGGAUAAAUUAUGUCAAUGAAAAAGAAAAUAAACUUCCAAAAGAAAGUAAAUUUACUGAAAAUGUCGAGACUGCUUCCAUUCCUACGGUUAUCCUACAACAAGAAGAGACUAAUGUCAACACUGAUGAGAUUUUGCCAGAAUUGACCACUGAAUCUUCUAUCUCUACAAAUAAGUACAUAGUACUUCUAUCUACUUCAUCAGGAAAUUCUACAGGAAUGUUUAAAUGCAAAGAGCAGGUGUAUUCUCUUCGCAAACAGUUAAAGAAUUGCAGAAAAAUAAAGAAGAAUCUCAGAGAAGAAAACAGGCAACUGAAGAGAAGAAUGCUCAAACUCCAAAAAGAGCUAGAGAGUCAUCAACUUAACAAAACAAAUUUGCCUUACAGACAAAAAUUACUUAUUUCUAAUGCAGUCCAUUUGUCACAUUGCAAAAAUAAGUGUAGAAUGAGGUAUGACAUUGAAUGGAUUUUAGAAUGUGUGCUAUUAAGAAUAAGAUCACCUGAAAAUUAUGAGUUUAUGAGGAAAAAUAAUUAUAUGCCUCUUCCUGAUUGUUCUACCUUAAGAAAGUAUAUAAGUGGCAUUGAUGCACGAUUCGUAUUUGAUCCAGAAUUGUUUGACAGACUAAAAGAUAAAAUAGCAUAAAUGGAUCCAUAAGAAUGCAAAGGAAUCUUAAUGUGAGAUGUAUAUGCUUCUGUAAUGCAAUUUCAUUAUGGACUUAGGCAACCCACAAUCUGCUUUAUUUUCAAAAAAUAUCUGCUUUAAAAAAUAAAAAUUCUGCUAUAAUAUGCUUUGACAGAAAUUUUUUGCUUUACUCUACCUAAUUUUUUUAUUUUUCUUAAUUACACUUGCAUUCAGCACAAAUUUUCUUUGCAUUUUUAUUGGUUUACCUGAUUCUCAAUACUAUUACUGUAUAUCUUUGACUCUGAUAAAUCAUCUGAACAUGAAGUGAAUAUGAAUGUCCAAAUUUUCCUUGGUAAAUGAUGGUCUCUUUGGCCUGAUAAGAUAGUUCAGGAAGAAACACUCCUCUCCACAUCUGCCCUACUUGCUGGAAUUGACAGAGCUUUUAAUGCCAGCUUACUCAAAAUCAGCAUUUCCCUGCUUCCAGAAAUUUAUUAUAUAUUGCACACUGCUCUGUUUUCAUUGUUGAUAAAAGCAUUAUAGUAAUCUAUCUCUUUUUUGGAGAAUCUGCAUAAUUGGGAAGUCCAUUGUUGAUUAUGAUUUGGAUCUAGGAUUUCUAGCUCUUUCCAGAACUGCCAUGCUUGAUGUUUGCCAUCUAGAUAAAGUUGGAGCUUUAAAUCCAUACCAAAUGGUACCAACGGUUUCCAAAUGCCUUCAAGAAUUUGCCAAAUAUCACUUCCUACAACCUUAGAUUUGACUCCAGCUUCUUGAUCAAGUUGCAUAAGGCUUCAGCUUGACUUGCAAUUGCCUUUAGCUGUUCUUCAAGUUUGGAACAAUCAAGUAACUCUCCAAGUUCUUGCAAUGCAGUUUCUUCCAUAGUCUGAUUUUCUCUAAUCUAUGUCACUACAGCAUUCCACCUCUUAUGGUAGUACGAAACUGUUUUUAGCCAUGUCUGGGAGGAGUAGUAAUAACUGGUACUGGCAGUGUGAAAGAGUGGUUCUUGGCAGAUAGAGCUAUCUACAACGAAUGUCUUCUGUUUGCUGCCUUUACUAAAGCUGCCUUCAUCCCUGAGAUGAAAUAAUUAGGAUGCUGUUCUUAGUGUGCAUUUCUUCAGCAACUAAAUGUGUAAAAUGUGCCCAUCAUGUCAUAUGGAACAAUCUCAUGCACACUGGCAUGAGUUUCAAAGCAGUAGCAUUCAUAUACAGAGUGUUGUCUGUCAAAAGUCCAACAAAGUUGUUUAACUCAACAUUCAAGAGUUUAAGAGAUGCAAACACUUCUUUGACAAUGAUAUCAUUGUUACACUUCUCUACAAUCUGUGAUCACACUAGACAGAGUGGUUCCAAGGCACUCAACCAAUGUAUUUAUAACUUUCCUGUUUUUCAUAUUGACCAACUCAUCUAGUUUCCGCAGAAUGUCAGCACCUUGACACAUUCAUGCAGUAGUGUCUAAAUCUGUUUCCAGCAUUGGGGAGAAUCUUGUGCAAGAUGCUUUCAUAAGGCGUUUUCACUUGGAGAUAGUUUUAAAUUUGACUUCAUUCACUUUUGAAACCCUUUGUGAUGGAAAAUGUGCAAGGGUAGUCCCACAGAACAGAAUAUGGAAACCAUGUCUUCCAUCUUGAAGGUUUACUACUUCCUGAAGCAGUAAACAGCAAAGUUCUUUUCAGUCGCUAGCACUCAUGCCCUUACAAUGUUUCAGUCUUGCAAUAUGUGUACUUACAAUGAAUUUCUUUUCAUAGCUGAUCAUAUUAUUUGCAGUACUCAGCACAAAUAUCCAUUCUAUUACAAACCCUUCAUUGGGAAAUUUACAUAAUCAAAGAGCUGCUGUACUGGUGUCUUGGAUAUUGUCUUAAUAUACAAUGAAACACAAUUACCAAUCAAUUCUUUAUUGCUUGUACCUUAGUUUGUUACAAAGGGGUUACAUAAAGCUGAAGUUAGUACAAUUUAAGAUAUUAACAUAAUAGCCUAGUAUAAGAUAAUAUAAAGUAAAAUACACAAUAAUAAUUGUUUUUUGAAAAAUGUGAUAGAUAUAUUGAUUAUAUCUUUCCAGGAUUUAAAUCUUAUUAAAUACUUUUUCCUGCUUGCUUCAAAUUUUAUACAAUGAAAAAAUACAUGUUCCCAAAUUAGAAACUUGAAUUAUUCAAAUCUCUACUGCAAUAUAUCAGACAUAACAGUUAUGAGAUCCUGGGGAGAUGGGAGCAAUAUUGCCAACUGUUCGGAAUGAAAAGUUGUUACAUUUAAAGAAAAUGUUGCUAUCUUUCUUGCUUCUUAAUUGAGAAAAUAAAAAAAUAGCAAAUUAUCCAAAGUAAAAAUUUAAAAAUAAAUAUUUUAUUUAACAAAAACAGUAAAUUUCUAUUUAACAUUACAUCUGUAUUACAUAUACAAAGACACUACAAUUUUUCUGAAAGGAAACUAUUAAAUCAUCAUAAUGUAUGAAAAUGAAGUUUUUAAUAUGUAAAAAUGAUAUUGACAGAGGCCAUACGAAUAUAACAGUUUUAAAUUUGAAAAGUAUAAGUAAGAACAGAAAUGUGGUAAACAAGACAUAUUGUAUUUUCUUAGCAUAAGGUUGCUGAUUAACAUCAACAAUAUUAUCCAUAAACUUCAGGGUAUAAUGUUCUACAACCGUUGUGUUAACAAGUGCUUUGUUGUUUAUAACAAACAAUUAACCAACCCUCAAAUCAUACUUCAAUAUGCCAACAACAUCCAGAAAAAUAUGUGUUUCAAAAUAGAAAAUGAAAAUAACAACAAACUUAAUUUUUUAGACAUCAUUAUACUAAGACUUGAUAAUUUCAUUACCUUUAAAGAAAAAUAUAAAACCCUGUGACAUCAAUAAAGUAAUCAAUUACUACUACAGCAAACCCAUGUAUAUGAAAAAGAACAUAUUCAAUAUGUAUGUCAACAAAAUCAAAACGUGUACAAAUGAUAUUACUAACCAAAACAGAAAUAGACCAAGUUUAUUGCACCUAUCAAUUAAAUAACUAUCAAAACAGAAUUAUCAACAAAUGGCUACACAACCAGUCAUCAGGUCAACUCAAACCAAAGACACAAAUAAUUUACAAAAAAUUAGAUUUUACCCCUACUAUUUUUGAAAACAUCCAAAGAAUACUAACACCAUAUAAUAUAAUUUAGCAUGCACACUAAACAAUAAAAUCAAAAAUUUCUUAAAAUCCAAAGAACAAACUAAUAGUAAUACUGACAUUUUAUUAAAUAAUAAUAUUGUUUACACCUUUGCUUGUACAUGUCAUCCAAAAUACUAUUAUAUAGGUGAAACUAGCAGAGCAUUAAAAAUCCAUAUAAAAGAGCAUAUAAGAGCAGUGAAGUAUGAUUACAUCAACUCACCGGUCACCCCUCAUUGCAACCAAGUAGGCUGUGAGAUCUCACUCGACAGCGUCAAAAUUCCUAAAAAAGAAAAAAAAUAUUAUUAUAAGAAAACUUUAUGAACACAUUGGAAUUAUUAAAACAAAUGAAAUACACAGAAUGAACCUUAAUACAGGUGCAGUCGUCAAUGACAUCUGGCAACCAUUCCUAACUAAGUAGCAAGGCCCAUUAAGAUGUACUACCUCCCUCCAUCGUAUCCCACUGUGUAAGUCAACAUACCAAACAUUCAGUGAAUGAAACAGGAAAUACUCACAUCUUUUUAAACUCUCCUAUCUGGUCUAUGUUUUUGUACAUUUCAUUGGAAUUAUUUUGCAACCUACAGGUAUUAGAUUAAUUUUAUAAAAAUUCUGCCUCUUAAUUAUGUACUUAAUUUUUUAUUUAAGUUUACACCCUGUUUAUUCUAGCACAUGUUGUUAUAAUGUGUAUAAGGGUUUCCCCCCUUUUUUUCACCUAUGUCUUCUCACGAGUUGUGUUGUUCUAACAGUCACUAUAAUCUCGGGUAAUUAUGUUUUAUUGUAUAAACCUUUGUAUGCAUAUCCUAAAUAUUUCAAUAUAAUCGGUAAAUCCGUAACUCUAAUAAUUUUGCUGAUAAAUGUUAUAAUAGGACUGAAGAGGUGCAUUAAGCCUAAAAUGCAUAUCCUUUCCUAUCAAUAAACCAACCUUUUUCCACUGAAAGUAUUCCUGUGUGAUUUGUUCUCAACGGCAACCCUAUGCUAAGUAAAUACAUAUAGUAAAGAGAACAGCAAGCAACCAAGAUCUAAGGUAUAUUGUAUUUUCAAGUGGAUAUACAAAAAUGAGAAAAUCUCUAUUUUUGACUUAUAUAGGGUAUGUUCAUAAAGUCGAAUGAGUUAAACGAGAAUAACAACAUCAUUAUUCUUGCUUCGUUAGACUUUUUGAACGAUUCGUGUAUAACUAAAUGACUGUUUCUAAAAUUGAAGAUAUGAAUGUUACUAGUACAGCCUUAUCCGAAAUAUUUUUUUAGAUUGCUUUGGGUGGACAGUUAUUUCUAUCAUUUCAUCUUUUAAUUCACAGUUUAAACACUCAAGUAGAUUUAGAAACAUCAAUAUCAUUGGGCACCAUUUUCUUAACGAAGUGAACUAACUUUCCUUCAUGAACUUCAUUAGAGUUUCGUUCAAAACGUCAUCACCGCAGAGCAUGCACACUGAGCAAGACUACUAUUAUUCGAACGAUUCGUUACUAACGCAUUUAACUUGUUCCACUUUAUGAACAUACCCUUGGACAUAGAUGCCGGUACACUGCUACAGCUCUCAAAAAACUUGCUAUCUUGCUAACAACUUGCUAUGAUUGGCAAUAAGGUGUGGGAGUUGGACUGGACUACAGGGAAAAAACGGAAACCUUGACAAAGUUUCUUAAUCUUGCUUUAUCCUGCUUUAUUGCUUAAUGACUUUUGCAUAAUAACUUGAAAUGGUAUGGUAUGCAUUCAUUUCAUGGUUUCAGUAAGCAACCCACAGUUGGAUUCGGAUAUUGCUUUAUCUUCUUUUGGGUUGCCUUAAUUAUGACAAAUUUAAAGGACCAUUUGUUAGACAUGUUGAUUUUGGUGACAUUGAAGCUACAUUUGCCCAGCAGAAUGCUGAAGGUUAUCAUGCUCUGGUUUUUAUGUUUUAGCCCUUUUUAGAUGGAUAGACUCAAACAAUUGCCUCAUUCUGUUGCAAAGGAGCUACUCCUGGUAUAACUUUAUCCAUUCUUCUUACUAGAGCUGUUAUUGCCUAAGGAAAAUGCCAUGUUGAAGUCACAAGUACUGUUUCAUUCAUUCUUUUUAUCUCUGUCUUUACUUUUUUAUAUUUCUGUGUAUAUAUUGUCUACGUGGGCCUUGUUUUAUUAGUAGGACUUACUAUACUGUUGUAGUUUCUG